UGGAACCCAUAGUUUUCGAUCAGUUGAAAGCGUCCCUUGAGGAAUAUAGACAGCGCUUUGGUGACGGGGCUUCCUCUUCUGGCGGGACACACGCCGGGGCUAAUAUUUCAGCGCGUGGGUCCUCCUCUUCUUACUCUUUCCCUUCCAGUAAUCCUAAGUCGAGCGAGGAGCACAUGUUCGAUUCGGGCACGGAGUCAGGGGACGAUUCGAGUAAAAACCAGGACGAGCUGGCCGUGUUCAUGGAGGGGGUGCGGGCGAACAUAGAAGAGGCCGUCCUUAGGAAUCGCGGGGGGAGUCAGGGGCAAACACACACAGACGAUGAUGAGUUUAGCACCGAGUUGAUAGGCGAAGUUAAUUCAGUGUUAGACAAGUUGAAGACUAAUCUUUCCAAGUCGAAGAGCCAGACCUUUUCUGGCUCCGAGGGUCAGGGGGGACAGGGAACGGAACUGCUCUCGCUCAUCGACCGCCUCCAGACUUCCCUUGGAGGUGUCAUGCAGGACCACGAGGUAGAUGAGCAGGGCAGGAUGGCAGACAAAGACGGUAAUGUAGCUCGCAAUCAUGAUAGCGAUGAGGAUGGGGAUGAUGAAGAGGAUGAUGAGGAAUAUGAAGGGGAGGAUGAGGAUGAAGACGAGGAUGAUGAUGAUGAGGAAUAUGAGGAAGCUGACGCAGAUAUGGUUGUGCAGCACAGCCCGGAGAGGAAUGCAAGUGGGGUCAUGAUGUCUAGUUCCUCGGGCAUCUUGCAUUCGUCCUCUUAUGCCUCUUCAGGGGCAGGCAGUCCUGCUGUUGUCACAGGAGGACUUAAAUUCAGUGUCAAUCUUAAUGAAGCCAAAGGCAUUGUAAUGAAAGUUGAUGAAAUGAACCAAGAACAUAGUCACAGAUCUCGCUCCUCAGACAGCUCGUGCUCAAAAUCACCAAGCAAGACCUACAGGACACACUCAGCUCACUCGACACCUUCAAGUGAUCGCACUUCUCUCGAAAGACAGGAAAGUCGCAGUGAAGCGCGGGUUGUCCUCAGCUCGGCCAUUGGUAAGUGCAAGUCCAGAGAGGAGCUGGUGAGGCAGCCGAGCACCGAGCAUGAACACGAGGAGGAAGAGGAGCCACUCCUAGACGAAGAGGGUAAUCAGAUUCGAGACGGAACACCCGACAGCAGACUCAGUGAUCAGGAAGGAUCCCGCAGGAAGGAGAGGAAAGAAAUACCUUGGAAAAUCAGGGCAGCAAAGAAACGUUUUGAGAAGCCAAAUUCAAAAGAGGAAUUCAAUAAAGGAGAUUCUGUUACUGCGCAUUUUGCUGGCACUCACAUUGUUCAGGAACGACAAAAAACUUACCGUGAUUUGUGGCAACCAAGGCCAACACCUUACAAAUUUCAACCCCUUCAAAGUCGUUCACAGAGUAAUGUUAGUGUAAUGAAAGAGAACUGGCGCCAGAUCAUUCAUUCAGGCUCGUUGGAGGAUGUUGGUUUCAUACACAAACCUGUUAUUGCUAAAUCGGGAGGAAUGACAAAGAAAGAAUACAGUAAACUUGUGACAUCAUUUUCAGCAGAGAGUAUUAGUCCUCACAGCCCAGCUACCAAUAUGCCUGUGGAGAAACCUGCAAAGCAGCAGGCCCAGCACGACAGCGAUAAGAGUGAUUCAGAAGACUCAGAUGAUGAAGGUGAAGUUUUCUCAAUCAAACCUUUUGACAGAGUCGGAACAAAGGCUCAGUUGCCAGGAAUAUUUCACAAACAUCACGAACCUUCCAUUGUUAAGCCUAGUAAGGUCUUCCAGAAGCUUGAAAAGCGUGAUGUAAUGAAGAAGUCAGACUUCUUUGUGGAACAGGCUCAGGCUCAAUCAGUUGAUGAACAAGACAUUAAGAAACGACAGAGGAGUCCUAAUCUGCAGCUACAGAAACCAACUGCACCAGUGAUUCCUCCUCGUCAACAGUUUGCUCAAGGCCCUGCUGUGCCACCCAAGCGACCAACAACCUUGGCCAUUCAACCAACUGUUCCAGACUGUCGACCUGCUGAUGCACCAGUGGAGCAGGAGACGGACUUUACAGAGGCACCUCCGCCAUUGCCACAGAGGGGUGAGUGUCCUCAGCCACCACCUGUCCCACAGCGAGUGGAUUCUGGCUCGGCAGAAUCAAUAUACAAACCUUGUCCUCCGGCACCUGUGUACCAGUUCAUUGCAGAGAAGCAACAAGGUUACUUGCUAUCAAAGUCUAAGUCUACUCCCUCUAUGCCACCAGGAACCACAGAAUUCUACAGGCCUCUUGGGAACUUUGCAAGCAGACGCAAGAAGAGCUUUGAAGAAAAACAGAGACUUGAAGGUUUUUAUAAGAUACACGCAGAUAAGGUCGCCAAAGCAAACUACGUGAGUCGAAUUCAGAACCAGCUGCAAAAGCAGAUAUCAGGAGAAGAGCAGGGAAAUGUCAGCAAAUGGACUGCCUAUAAAGUUUCUCGCACAAAGAGUGCCGGAUCUGUAGCAGGGAUGAUUAGUAAACUAGAUAGUAUUGAAAAUGAAAGUGGAGAUACUUGGACAUACCACCAGUACCACAACAAAAUGAACCCUGGAACUGGAAAUCCCGGUGAUGAGGAAAAAUCUUUGGCAGAUGAUCCAAGCUCAAAGUUGUUUACUCCUGAGAUGCUUGUCAAGAUCGCCGUCCACAAGGCUGCUAUCAAUAAGCAAUUGAGUUUCGGCGAAGAACAAAGGAAGACUGGGGCGGUGCGUGCUGGCUCUGCUGAUUCAGAUUUAGCAAGCAACCGCGAGAAAGCCAACUAUCGACGUAUGAACACAGUCACAGGUGCAGAGGUAUCGAGUUCCGAAUCUUAUAAUGUGUGGCAAGGCGUUCACCAGCACGUACAGCAACAGCAGAAGCUAAGGAAAAGACAAGAGGAAGAGGAUGAGAGGCUACUGGAAUUGCAUCGGCAAGAGUCUCUGAAGAAAAAGGAAGAACUUGAACAACAGCAAGAACUGCAAAGGCAGGAAGCAGCGAAGAAAAGGCAAGAGUUACAGAGAAAACAAGAAUUACAGAAACAAAAAGAACUGGAGCAACAGAGGCAGCAGGAAUUACAAAGGCAACAAGAAGCAGAAAGGAAAUUGGAACUGCAGCGACAGGAAGAAGCCCAAAGGCAACUCGAGUUGCAGAGACAACAGGAAGCUCAAAGGCAAUUGGAACUGCAAAGGCAACAAGAAGCACAGAGACAGCUCGAGUUGCAAAGACAACAAGAGGCACAAAGACAGCUGGAAUUGCAAAGACAGCAGGAAGCUCAAAGACAGCUGGAACUGCAAAGGCAACAAGAGGCACAAAGGCAGCUCGAACUGCAGAGGCAACAAGAAGCCGAAAGGCAGCUGGAACUGCAAAGACAGCAGGAAGCUCAGAGGCAAUUGGAAUUGCAAAGACAACAAGAGGCAGAAAGACAGCUUGAAUUACAAAGGCAACAAGAAGCAGAAAGACAGCUAGAACUGCAACGACAACAAGAAGCAGAGAGGCAGCUGGAGUUGCAAAGACAACAGGAAGCUCAAAGGCAAUUGGAACUGCAAAGACAGCAGGAAGAGCAGAGGCAGCAAGAGCUGCAAAGGCAGCAAGAAGAAGAGAGGCAGCGAGAAUUACGGAAACAAGAAGAACUGAAAAGACAGGAGGAAUUACAGCGACAACAGGAGGAACUUCAGAAGCAGCAACAGGAGUUGCAGAGACAGCAAGAGCUGCAAAGACAACAAGAACUGCAGAGACAGAAGGAACUGCAGAAACAAGAAGAGUUGCAAAAACAGCGGGAAUUGGAGAGACAACAAGAACUUCAAAGGCAACAGGAAGUACAAAGACAGCUAGAAUUUCAGAGGCAGGAAGAACUCAGGAAGCAACAGGAGAUACAACAGCAACAAGAAAUGCAGCGCCAGCAGGAACUUCAAAGGCAACAAGAAUUGGAAAAGCAACAAGAAUUACUAAGGCAGCAAGAAGAAGAAAGACAAAGAGAACUGGAACAGAAACAGGAAAUGUUGCAGCAACAGCAGCAACUGAAAGAACAACAGGAACUCCAGAUCAAGAUGCAGCAAGAGCAAAUACUGCGUCAACAACAACAGAUACUGGAACAACAGAGGUUAAUAAAGGAGCAGCAAGAAAAGCUUCAGAAUCAACAAAAGCUUCAACAAAUCCAGCAAACACAGCAAGCUUCAACAACAUACCAGAGUCAGACUACAGUGCAGACUAAUGUCUUCCAAAAGCAGAAUCAAAGCUCAGUACAGGCAUCUAUAGCACAGAAACAGAUGUCUCCCCCGCAGCAAGCAGUUUUCCAACCAGGAAAGCCAUUAAGUGCCGUGCAACAGGCUGUGCUUGAUGAAGAAUCACAAAAGGUAGCUGGAUCUACCUCAACGACAAGCACAAUUUACCAGAGGCAGAAGUCUCAGGAAGGUGUUCGCCCAGGGGCACGGCCACUUACCAAAACGCCCGUCACACGGCAGGGCAGCAUCGAGGGCGCCGCAGGGCUGGUCACCGCGGCACUCACCCGCCAUCAGUCUCGUGAAGAGCUUGUUCGCCGAAGGAGUCUCUCUGCUUCAGGCAGGACCGGUAGUCAGAACUCCGUUAGCCGUGGAUCUAAUGUAGAUAAUGAAGAAGGUUUUUGUGUUGACGAUGCAGAGGUGAAUGACGAUGAGGUGUUUGUGGAGUGUUCCCAGGCCAAAAUACAUCAUGGUGCUACUGGUGUCAAUGGCACACCAUUCAUUGCUCAGGUUAUUGGUCCCGUUACUUCUCCACCAGUUCAAGUGCAGUCUCCAAAAGUCCAUAUGCCACCUCAGCCAGUCCAGAUGCCACCUCAGCCAGUCCAGAUGCCACCUCAGCCAGUCCAGAUGCCACCUCAGCCAGUCCAGAUGCCACCUCAGCCAGUCCAGAUGCCACCUCAGCCAGUCCAAGUACAAUUUCAGCCUGUCCAGAAGCAGUCACCAGCACAAGCUCUGCCAAAAUCACCUCAGGAGAAGCCAGGACUCCGCCGUGUACAAAGUCAGAAGGGUUCCUCAGGCCCCGAGGUGCAAAAGGUAACAUCACCAGACAUGGAUCGCUCUAAGAGUUCUUCUGUUUCCUCUCUGCCGGAAAGAGCACAAUUACCCACCCAAAAGAGAGUCAGAGCCUUCAAUAAGAACUUUUCCUUCGAUCAGGUAUCGUUUGGAAGCCAGAGUUCUGUGUCUUCACUACCAGACUCACCAAAAUCAAUUGAAAGUCCUGAAGUAGCAAGAAAGGGUAUGUUUGGCAGCCGAACCUCUGCAAUUAAAGAAACUGAUAGAACAAAGAGUUCCUCUGUGACAUGUUUAACUGAAAGCUCUAGCAGUGUACAAAAAUCUUCUGUAAAGGUUGUUGGUGCUGCUUUCACCCCUGCAACACGUGAUACUUUUCGCGCAAAGAGUUCUUCAGUCUCUACCUUGCAGGAGGAUACAUCAGCAAAGCCCAUAGUUCAGAAUAUCAAUGCUCAGAAUGUUGGACUUGGUAGGCUGUCGCAGUCACUAAAGAAUGUUGCUGGAUCAGAAACAAAAGAACAAAGCACAUUCCUUCAGCAGGCUAAUCAAGGUGGCGCCAAUGUUGCUCCUUCAAGGUUGAAAGCAACUGAUUAUGUUGUGCCACCACUUCCAACAACUGCUAUGCGUCAGCAGCAACUUCGGGAACAGCAGGCUCGAGAACAGCAACAACAGCAGCAUAAGAAGGUGUCUCGUUGGAACAGCAAUCCCGACAACACCAUGAAACCCAAAGCAAAUGACUUUAAUGUCCCCCCUCUACCAGCCACAAACUUUGCUCCUCAGCAAGGAGUGUCAAGGUGGGGCAGUGUCCCAGACUCUGUUUCUAAGCCUAAAACUUCAGACAAUAUAGUUUCACCUCUUCUCACAUCCAGUGACCAAGGUCGUCACCAACGCACUCAAUCGUUAUCAUCCUCUCAACCGUCAGCCAUUCCUCCCCCUGUCUCUGGACCCCCAUUCACAACAAAUACCAAGAACGUUGCAUCUGCAGCUCUUAAAUUUGACCAGACUGCUACGUCAUCGAAAACUACAGGAGACUCCAAGACUUCCACUGUGUCACCCUUCGGCGUGUCCCGCACCUCCAAUACAGAAUCUCGAAGCUCCAGCCAAGUCAAUGUCCAAAAGAGUUCCUAUUCCUCAUCCAGCUCCUCCUAUAAGACUUCCUCCUCCAUGAGCAAAGUUGACAGCAAAAAGGUUGUGUCCCCAUUUGACAAGUUCAAGCAAAUGGACUCGCAGACCCCCCGCACACCAAAUCCCUUCUCCUUGGCCCUGCCAAUUAUCAGACACAAUGCUGCCACAAUCAAAAAAAUCAUCCUAGACUUCUGUAAGAGAUCCACAGCAGAGUACGAGAGUAAGGGAGUAAAGAUUGAGAACUUCAGCACAAGUUGGAACGAUGGUAUGGCCUUCUGCGCUCUCAUCCACCACUUUUACCCAGAUGCCUUUGACUUCGAUAAACUCGACCCCAAGAAUCGUCGUUACAAUUUCGAACUUGCUUUCAGAGUGGCAGAUGAGAAAGCUGGUGUGAUGGCACUCCUUGAUGUAGAGGACAUGGUCAUGAUGAAGAAACCAGACUGGAAGUGUGUCUUCACCUAUGUACAGAGUCUUUACAAGAGACUCAAGGACGAGUGAGAAGAGACAGCCAGAGCUUGUGUAUUACUCUUUCUAACUUUCAUUUUCUCAAAGGUGUAAUUUGAGAAAAUGUACCCUGUGAACUUUAUUUUUAAAGUCUAAGACUUCUGGUUGAUUUCCACUCGUGUCUUGUCCACUGCGACAAGUGGACGCAACAGAUGACUGUGUCACCUUCAUCUUGGGAGUGUCUGCAGCCCGUGUCGUGUGUCUGUCGUCUAAUACCAUCAUCAUUUGUUCUUCAUUGUCUCCUAGAUCUGAUACAGAAAAUGCCAUGUAGUUUUUUUGUUUUUGUUUUUGUUUUUAGUAAGACCUAGUAUUUAUUUAUUUAUUGUCCAUAUUCUUCUGGGACCAAAUUCAUGAACAAUCAUCCAGUGGAGUGUGUUCAACGUGAUCGAAAGAAGUUGAAAAAUAUUCAAAUUGUGUUAGCAAAAGAUUCCUUAAAAGUGUAUAAAAAUUUGGAAAUCUCAAAGAGCAUUCAAGGCCAUAUCAGAGUUCCAUGUGUGCUGACAGAAUGUUGAAAAGUGCUGAGGGGAAAUUCAUCAGUUUUGAUGUCUGAAAAAUAAAUUAAAUACUUUUGUAAAUUCCUACAUAUAUAUAUGAAAAAUAUAUAUAUAUCUUGUGUUGAAGACAAAAAAAUAAAAAGCAAAAAAAAAUAUUCAGAAAUUGCUGAAUAUCCCUUUUGGAGCAUGGGAUGUUUAUAUUACUAUGUGUAAACUCGUUCCAAGACUUUUUUCUUCAUUAUUGUAAUUGAAUUUGUGGUAAGAGGUCUCACGUUCACAUACUCUACGAGUAGUGAAUGUUGUGCUGUGACGUAUGUCUAACAUGUGCUAAACUUUGUUCUCAUAAAGAGCUCAAUAUAUUUGUCUGCAAAGGUAUAUAAUUUAGUUUAGCCUCAUUGAAUAUGAAUAACCAUUAUUAGGGUUAGGGUGAUGCUUUUUAUAUCAAGCUAUUCUGUUCUACAAAUUUCAGUUUUAUUUCAAAGGUCAUAUGUUGCUACUAUGAUUUAGAUACGUAGAUUUUCUAGUAUAUACUCACUGUGCUUUAUAUUUUCACAGUCUAUUAGAUAAUUUUUGCGUUAUUAACAUCAUUACAUAAGUUAUUACAAAAUUUGUUGGUAAUAUUAUAUUUGUUUAUUUAAUACCUGCAAAAAAGAAAAAUAAGCAUAAAAUAUUUAAUGUUUAUUUAAAGAGUCAAACGUUUAUCAAGUUAAAUGUUUUUCAGCUCUUUCUUUUCAUAUGUUAGAAUAUUAGUUGAUAAUAUAUUAUUAUUAUUUUUUUUUUUACCUUUCGCAGCUAAAUCUAGUAAUUUUGUGCUGUGAUACUAUUGUGACAUAAUCUGGUGCCAAGCAGUGACUUAUAGAUAAGAUUAUCGGUAUAGUAUAUAUUAAGUGACUUAAAUGUUUAAAAGAUAAGACAUUAAGGGGACAAAGUAAUAGAGAAAUACUGCUUUGCGAAUGGAAUUUACCCCCAAGGUUCCUCUGUUAGGGUAGUGCUUGAUUUUUUUUUUUUUUUUUUUCUUCAUUUUCUUUCUCUCUCUUUUGUACAGAAUUCUUUAGCCUUUUUGGCACUACUUCCUUUAGUUUUAUGUGGGAUACUCUGUGUAUGUAACAUGUUUUAUAAAGUAUUUCUAACCCGUUUCAUAUUUUAAUGAAAGAUAUAGGAUUAUGGCUUCACAAUAUACCACAAUAAUCUCUUAUAUAGCUAAGAAGGAUCUUCAGUAUGUAUGUUAAUGUCAUAUUUGUGUGCUUAAUUACAAACAUUACUAUGCGCUAUUUCCAAGCUUAUGGAGCCUUAUUGCUGAAAAGUUCUAGUAGAAUAAAUGUGAAUACGA